AUGCAUCCUUUUAUUCAACCUAAAUGGGCUUUGGCCAUUGGGCCUGUCGCUGAAACACAGUUACAAAAAGGGCCGGCUCAAAUCGGAAAAUCCGCCGCCUUCAUAAGUGGAAAGAGUCAAAAUAGUGGUUCUCAGAAAUCUGUGGCUUCAGAUAAUAGACAAGGUCUUAGGAGGUCUUUUAGUCAAAAUCCAGUCAAAUACCAUGAUGGCUACUCUAGCCAGUCUUCUGCAGUCACAGAUGAUGAAGGAAAGGAUUCCAGCUCUACCAAGCAUGGAACUGAGAGGAUAAUUCGAACAGUAUAUGCCCAAAAUAAGGCAACACCAAAGAAGAGAGAAUCUUUGGGGAACUCCGAAUAUGGUUCCCAGCGGAAAUCCCAUGAUGAUCACCGUGCUGUCUCCACAUUUACGAAUGGUUAUGCAACAAAAUUGCAGGAGUCUGAGGAGCGCAAGCGAGAUUUGCUGGCUGAGAUUAUGUUGGAGGAGGAGCGUGGUAGAGAGCUCUCUAUGAACUUGAAAGAGUUACUUACUGCAAAUCGUUCUGAAGCUGAGGAGAAGCCGUUGCGGACGCGAAAGGUGAGUAUUACAACUCUCAGAACAGCAUAUGUUUCCUCUUCAGGUUGGCUCUUUGCAUGA